GAGCAUUCGGGUGUUCCCGUGAGAUAAGCAACCCGUUCCCCAAGGAGCCCGGCACUCGUUACCUACCAAGGUUUUGCUGGCAUCAGUACCUGGGGCAGAGCUGCACCCUCCAAACGUCGCCGAUGGCUGAUGCAGAGUUUGGCGGCAUGUCCAUAAAGGAGGUGGAAAUCGAGGGCAAGCACAAACCCUUGCGACCUCACUGGUACGAGGUGUACGUCCAGCCCUGCAUAGCCGAGCUCCUGGGCGCUACCCUCUUCAUCUUCAUCGGCUGCUCUUCGGUGAUCGAGAACGUGGAGAGCACGGGGCGGCUGCAACCGGCGCUGGCGCAUGGGCUGGCUCUGGGGCUCAACAUCGCCUUUUUGGGCAAUAUCAGUGGUGGCCAUUUCAAUCCAGCUGUCUCCCUGGCGGCGUGGCUGAUCGGUGGGCUGAACAUCGUGCUGCUCCUCCCUUACUGGGUUGCCCAGAUGUGCGGAGGGGCGAUAGGUGCUGCCUUGGCAAAGGCCAUGACGUCGGGUGAGAGAUACAUCAAUGCUACAGGUGGGGCUUUCUCCACCAUCACGUCCGACGAGCAGAUCCCCGCGGCCAUCGUGGGCGAGAUCGUCAUGACCUUGUUCCUGGUCCUGGCUGUCUGCAUGGGAGCCAUCAAUGAGAAGACCAAGACCCCUCUGGCACCCUUCUGCAUUGGCUUCACGGUCACGGCGGACAUCCUGGCCGGGGGUGCUGUAUCGGGGGCCUGCAUGAACCCUGCUAGAGCUUUCGGGCCAGCGCUGGUGGCAAACUACUGGGACUAUCACUGGCUUUACUGGGUGGGGCCCAUGAUAGCCAGCCUGAUCGCCGGACUGCUGAUAAGGCUCCUGAUCGGUGGCAGGGAAAUCCGCCUGUUUCUGAAGUGAGACCGGGCGCGGGACUGUGCCUCGGCUGGGUCCGUGGCCCCAUGCGAGCGCCUGCUGGUCGGGAGCUGGGCCGGACUUUGGCACGGGAAAGCUCUGCCUGACCCCGUGCCGGCCUGUGGCAUCUCCGGCGUGGUGGGGGGAACCGCAUGUCGCUGGCUGGGGGGGGACUUGCCUCUGAAGCCGUGGAAAUCUGCGGGGUUGUCAUUGAAGGACGGGGCUACGUGGCUGCACCCCACAGCUCCAGGCACUGGCCAACCCAGCGGGCACAACGAGACGAGGCCGAGCCGCGGCUGGAGCCCGGAGCACAGGCGUGGAGAGGGUCGGGGCGGCGCAGGAGGGGUCGGCAGGACUGACUUGCUCUGCAGUGGCUCAGCUCUGCCAACACGCUGCCCCUCGGCCUCUCCAGCCUGCAGGAUGCUCCGUCUUCUUGCUCCGGGGACCGCAGCUCUCUCCCGGCUCUUGCCAGGCCCCCCGAGCUGCGGGAGGCACCCUGUCGCUGCACCCCUCUGGCAGACGGGGUCCUGGCUUGGCUCUUGCCAGCUCCGAGCGCCGGCUGACAGCUCUGCCUGUUGUCAGCCCGAUGUGGUGAGCCAACGCAGAGCAAUGAGGGAAGUCCCCAGCGCCAGGUGGCUGAUCCCGAAACUCUUUAGGGGAACAAAGGGGCUGAAGUAUCGGCUCAGGCCCACGGGCAAGGAGGUCUCCACCCCCGGCACCCGAGCCAGGCAUGCUCCCCUCUCCAGCCCCCACGUCGCACUCGCUCCUGCGCUUCCUGCCUGCGACGGGGCCGACUCCUGCAUCGCCGCGCUGCUAGUGCGGGGACCGGCCAGCAGAGGAUGCUGGAACAAACGGUCCUGAGCCAUCGGGACAUGCGGCUGCGUGGGGCCAGGCCUCAUCCUGUCCUAGCCCCUCGUGGCGUUUGUGGCUGCGAAUGCAUGGAGCGGUUUUUGCAGCAGGGAGCAGGUCACUAGCUGCCAUCUCGGGAGACAUCACGCUGCUCCGGGGGCCAGGGCACCUGCCCGGGGCUGCAGGGACGUGGGUUCGAGUCCCUGCUCCGCCACAUGCCACCUGUGAACCCGUGCAGGUCACCACCUGUACAACGGGGAGAACAGCAGUGUCCGUACAGGCUGUGCGGUGCUCAGAUGUGCUGGUGACAGACCCACCAUGCUGGCGGUGCACAAGGUUUGCACAGAAAAUUAGAGCCCGAGCUUGUGCGGGAGCCAGGGAGCCCUGUGGUUGUGGAGCUGGGGCUGAAAGCCAGGAGUGCCUGGCUCCAGCCUUUGUAGGCAUCCAGUACCUGUGCCCUGCAAAACUCUGCCACUGCCUCCCAGUGUGGAUUUGGGCAAAUCAUUUCACCCCUCUGUACCUCCGUUUACCCAUCCGUAUAAUGGGAAGAGCAAUGCUGACCUGCUCCGCAAAGGCGCGGCGGGAUGUCUUAGCCAAUAAAGUAUACGGUGCC